CGUGUGCGUGGGAGGCGCGGGAGCAAUGACGCAGAAUGGGUCUGAACUCCAUUUUCAAUGAAUGGUAGCUGCUGUGUUCUGCGUGUCAAGGUACAAAGACAUCGUCAGAGGUGACAGCGGUACAACAGAGGAAUUUUGCAUUCAGAGCUGCCAGCGUACAUCUGCCAACACAGAGCUAACAAAGGUGGACACCUCGGGGCCUACGUGACCGUCGAUGUCUUUUGCUAGACUGGCGUGAUCGUGUCCAUGGGGGUGGUCGCCACCAUGGGCCCCGAGGCGCAGCAGGGGAAGCAGGGGAGCGGGCUGCUGCUGCCCGGACUGGACCCCCGGAAGAAGCACUACGUCUGCGGCUCGUGUGCGGCCUUCACCAACAUCGCCAUCACCUUCCCCAUCCAGAAGGUUCUGUUCCGGCAGCAGCUGUUCGGCGUGCGGGCCGGCGAGGCCGUCACCCAGCUGCAGCGUGACGGCCUGCGGAACCUGUACCGCGGGCUGCUGCCCCCGCUGCUCCAGAAGACCACCACGGUGGCCAUCAUGUUCGGCCUGUACGAGGACUUCUCCCGCGUGCUGCCCCGCCACACGGGGGCGCCGGAGCUGCUGACGCGCAGCGUGGCGGCCGUCCUGGCGGGAACGGCCGAGGCCACCCUGACGCCCUUCGAGAGGGUGCAGACCCUGCUCCAGGACCCCCGGCACCACGGCCGCUUCCACAACACCUUCCACACCUUCCGGACGCUUCUGCGGGAGCACGGGGUGCGGGAGUGCUACCGCGGGCUGGGGCCCAUCCUGCUGCGCAACGGGCCCAGCAACGCCCUGUUCUUCGGCUUGCGCGGGCCCAUCAAGCAGCAGCUGCCCCGGGCCCAGUCGCCUGCCGCCAACAUGGUCAACGACUUCAUCUGCGGAGGGCUGCUGGGCGCCAUGCUGGGCGUGAUGUUCUACCCGCUCAACGUGCUGAAGGCGCGCAUGCAGUCGCAGGUGGGCGGGGCCUUCCAGUCCUCGCACGCCGUCCUGCUCACCAUAUGGCGGGAGCGGAACGGGAAGGUCACGCACCUGUUCCGCGGGGCGCACCUCAACUACCACCGCUCCCUCCUGUCCUGGGGCAUCAUCAACGCCACCUACGAGCUCCUGCUCAAGCACCUAUGAGCCCCCCCCCCCCCCCCCCCCCCGUCCUGGGACACGCCGUCUGAAAAGGAGAGAGGAUGUGAAGACUGUAUGCGCUGUAUUACGUCAUCAGCGCGCGUCAUCACCGUGGGACGCAGACCUCAGAUACGUAAUUGUUUAGGAUUGAAAUACUUUUAUACGCUUUACUGAGCUUGUCUGGUGUAUCGGAACCUAUGAAAUACCCGCCUUCUGGUCCUAUUUGAUGGCUCAAAACCAGAAAAGUUCAAGAGCAGGAACGUAUUUGAAUCCAAAACAAUUGGGUAUUUGACCCUGGUCUGGUGCUGCUGUUGGUGUUGCAUUGCUAAAUGUACCCUCAGCCAGAAGCUUCGCAUUUGUUUGGGUUGAGGUAGUGCUGUGGGGGCAGUUGGAGAGGGAGGUAUUUCUCUGACGCACAACAAAGUGAACUCAGCGAAGGCCCAGCACAGAGUCAUGUUAAAUGUGCAUUAGGGCUCUUAGGGAGCAGGCUUUGAUAUGAGCUGAAAAGCCUUCAAGAUGAGAGAAGGUUUUUGUGGUGAAGCUUUCCUGACUCCCCAGAGAAAUGAGUGAUGAGUGUGCCUACAGAGAAAAUGGACAAAGGGCCGAACAUCAUUAGACAUCCGUUUGUUUCUAUCUUCCUAAAGAUUUUCUUCUGUUUGGUAAAUACAUGUGAGGAGCGAAGAACUGGUUCUUCAAAAAAUCUUUUUCUAAUUAUACGGGCCGAAAUGUUUCUUUUCCUGUCAAUUUUUUAUAUAGCACAUAGUAGUCGUGGGCUAUUUUAGUGAUGCGGUCAUCUUUUUUUGUCUUUGAUCUCUUCUAAGUCCAAAUCCAAAUAACAUUGUCCGUGUGCAUUAAAAAAAGUGUCAAAACUUGCAUAGCUUGAUGUUGUAUAUGUGUGCCUGCCUCAGUCGCAUACAGUAAACCCUAAGUACUCCUUGUGGCAAGAUAACCCUGGAGAGGGAAAGGCCAAAACUAGCAGUCUCUAGCAGUGUGCUGAGAAUGAGGUCAUUCUGACCUGUAUAUUUGCACUAUAGGAUCAGUUUUGGCUUCAUUUUCAGCUUCAAAGCCAGUCAGAGCUUACAUGCGAAACCUACUAUGACACCUUUGAAUGGGGGAAGGUGUUGUCAUGUCUUUCAGUGGCCAGUCAGUUUAAGCAGAGGGGUUUACUAAGACAUUUAGCAUGUGCAAAACCUUUUUGCACUUUCAAAGCCAAUGACAUGACUAAUGAUUGGUCAUGGUAUUUCAUUUUGUGUUACUAGUUGUGCACGUGCAAAAGAUCUGAGGAAAAUUGGGCCCUGAGUGUUGCUUGGUUGUGUUGCCUUAGAGUUAUACUGUACCAGAAAGGCUUGUGUUGUGUUUCAUGACCGAACAUGGCUAAAGCAAAAUGUUCUCACAAUGUUACUGGAAUGUUUUGUCGAUUGUUAUAACAUUGCCAGUACAUGGCAGCAACAUUGUGUUAUAUAAAGAAUAUUUAGUGUUAGCUGGAUACAUAUUUCUUUCCAUUUCCUUUCACCAUUCCAUGUUCCUUCAUUAACAUGCAUUCAUUUCUUUUUUAAAUCAGUACUUGCCUGCCUGGGAAGCAUGCGGGCGGGGUUUGAAGGUGAGGAGGCCAUUACUUCAGGGUCUCUGAAGAGAGACCAUCUGAUUUAUCACCCAUGUUUUGUUUUGUUGUUUUUUGUUUUAAGCCUCUCUUUGCAGUGUAAGCUUUCCCUUCUGUAGAUGGGCUGUGUUUUAGCUUUGUUGUGGUCUGAUCCCCGGCGAUCACUCUAAGCGAAUAGGCUUACCUAGGUUACAGUGUGAUCUGAGUGCUUUGACUGCAUUACUCUGCGGGGUAAAGUUCAGGGUCGUAGUUCUCUUGGAGGAGCCUUCCUGUAAGUGUGUAUUGGUGUAAUAGAUGAGCGUAGGCGUCUGUUAUACUGCACUGCAUACGCACCUGUUCCACAGGGACCCAGAACUGGGAAGAUGCAAAUGGUGCCAUGCAAGGGUAAAACCACAGUGUUUACUGCCUUUUAUUUUAUUUUUAUCUUUUAAGGGGGAGAGGAUGUCCUCUCUUUUCUUCCUCGAAUAAAUGGAAACUUUGAAUACAAGCUUGUAAUUCUGCAGCCGCCCAAUGGUAUUACUUGGCAAACCUGAUGGGGGGAAAGUAGUGCUGUUUUGUGUCAAGAGUCUGGGAACAUGUGGGAGGGGCCUCAGGGGUGAACUGGCCAGUAAGCUCUGGGGGCCAGAGUCUUAAUUCAUAAUGCAUUAGCUUCUUUUGUGAUUUUUUUCUUUUGUUUUAUUAUUUUUUUCCCCCACUUGUCAUUGUACUGUGGUAUGAUGCCAUAAUGCUGUUCUGUACAAAUCGUCUCAACGAGAGGCAGUGAGCUAAAGUUUAGUGAAAACUUUUGGGAAGUGAUGUUGCGCAUAUGCCUAUGUAUACAAGUACAAUCACCACUGUUUGCAGUUGCAAAACUCAGAUGAAUUUAGGUCGUUAUUUAAGGAGAGGAACUAAUGAUGCUAAAAUGGAAUCAUUUUAAAACGGAAUGGAAUCUCUGCUUAUGAAGGUGGUAAGAAACAAGCAAACUUGUUGGUAUCUGUAAGUGUAAUCGCUUUGCAGGAACAUGUUGAGUCUAUUUUUAAGGCAAUAAAUUGAUUGUCAGUUUCACAGACAAAGCCCUGUUUAUUUUGUUGGACAUCCUGUGUUGUUGUUUGCACAGCACUGAGGUCACAGCCAUAUGGACAGCCUGAGCAGAGUGCAUCAGCACCCUUAUGGCCUCAUUUAAUGGAUGCAGCUCAUACAAUCUGGAAUCUUCUAUUCCACGGUCCUUUGUAACGGAAUCGGCUAAAUAAGCCGGUUGUAGCUUGCGGCCCUCCAAACCCUGCCUGUAUCACUGCUGGCACUGUUUAAUGGGUAGAAGAGUGCUUUUGCUUAACAGGCCAGCAGAGGGCACACGUCUCCACGUGAUCUCUGCUUUUUCCUUGAUAAACGGCAGACUCCUUUAAAUGCAGGUAUGCGAGGUAAGCUGCACUGCCGAAAUACAAAACGGUAAAAUUAAAUAAAGCAAGGGGACCACAUUUACCUGUAUAUUCACAAGUAUUUAAGGAGAGUCAUUCAUGAAUACACACAAAAGCCUUCAUGUAAGCAUGCUUUUUCUUUUUGUAUAUUCAUUACAGUAUCGGUUUCACAAAUGUCAUAAUUAUCAUGUAACUGUACCAUAAUGCACGUGGUUACAUCCUUUCUUUUAGUAGGGGAUGGAAAGCAGAAAAAGUACACCUUGCUUCCAGUGUAAAAUAAAUAACGAUGAUAAAAAUUGGACGGGUUAUUGAAGUGAUUGCUUUCGAUAUUCUGCAAAGUUAAUAUAAUUGUGAGUUUAUUUCAUCGGACAAAACCGAAACAAAUGCAAAUUGACUGAUUCAUGUUGUCUAGCUGUAAUCAAAUCCUGAAAUAAAGUACUUGAUUAUCUUUAGCCCAUAGUAUUGUUGGAUAGCAUGCAUAACCAUCAACUAAAUUAAUCACUGUUAUUUCAUACCAUGUUGUAUUUUUGUCUUAUAUGCCAGAUAAUUUCCAAAUAUAUCUAUAACGCACCAAAUGUAUCUAUGAGUACUAUGACACCAAAGUACUUAUGUGCAGUGUCUUCGGCACUUCUUUAAAAAAAAUUAGGUCACACUGCAACAGGUUAAGUUAGUUAGUCUUUUCUUUUCUUUUUUUGGUUGUUGUUGGUGUCUUACUGAUGAUUAUAAACUAUGCUUCUGAUUAAAUUUCGUAAACGGUGCCACCGCUGAGGUGUGGUCGUGGAAGAGUGUAUGCAGACUUUUUAUUUUAUAUUUUUUUAAACAAAUUUUACCGUUCUAAAGACUGGCCAUAUUUGCGUGUCAGUUCUCCUUUCUUUUAUUAGCCAGACGGCUACACCAAAAGUCAUUAAUCAACACCUUCUUCAAAUACAUACAAAAAUGUAGUAGAUUUUUAAAUUGUAUAAUUUGCACAAUUACUUCCCUGGGUUGUCAUAUAUUUAUUAUUUCAGAUGCGCAAAGCAAAUAUACUGCAGUUCGAGAGGCUUCGUUGUGCCAGAACAGCCUUUCGGUCUUCCCCUGUUUAAGACCUUCCUGAAGUGCAAUCAGAUUAAAGAGAUUCCCUCCACGAGUGUUCGCACUAAUGGAAGUGCUGUGAGGUUAUAUAUAGUUCGAACGGAACCCGUGGCACAAACAGGCUUUUACCGUCUCUGGAGUGUCGAGAAUAAACGCAGUGUGCUUACAGGCUUCACUCACCUGUCCCAGCAGAUCUGGUCCUGGCACUGAUGCCACAGUUGACCCUGACUGGGAGUUUUAACGGGACGAAAACCUUCUGAGAAAUAGUUCAAGUCCGAUAGCCUUCUGUGACACAUCAGAAUCAAGUAUUAUGAAUGUUCCGUGUAGUGUAGGUUUCAGCAUAGUAAUGUGGUUAUUAAGACUCACGUCCCCUACAGGGGACAAAAAGAAAUCACCGGAUCUUCGGUGAAUAUGCAGUUUUUAAGAGUAAAUGCUGCCGUUCUCUCUAUCCUGAAUGAAUAGAAGCUCCUAUACAGCGUUCGGACACAGUGCUGUCUGAGAGGCCUCCUUUGGGACAAGGCCUUAAACAAAGGUCCCAACUUCAGAUCCCAAUCUUUAAUGAUCUCAUGUUUUUGGUACGAGAAGGGGGUAGCAGAUAUGUACAAACCUGGUGCUCUCUCUCGGGUCAUCAUUGGUGCUAUAUAAUCCUGUAUAAUCAAUGUAAUCCUGUAUAAUCCCUUAUUUUCACCUAGACUGAGUCACAUUGUAUACUAUGCAGUGUUAACCUUCUGUUGAUAAAUUGUCAAAGAUGUCAAUUUGAAGUCCAUAUGUGAUAAUACAUUAGCCCACUGCCAUAGUAACAGAGAUUAAUGAGAUGUAUAGUAUGUGUUGCCAGUGGAAGUUGUCCCUGGUUAAAUUAUGAAGUCAUUUGACUGCCAAUGCUUUUGUGUGCCUCGUCUUUCCGACGAAAAGGAUCCUGAAUACUUUUAGAUUAAUUUUAAACUUGCACUUUAUGUCUGUGGCUUUUCCCUCAAAAAUGUCAAUACUGCCCUAUUGCACUUUUGUACCAGCCUCAGUAGAGGGUUUUUGUGCACUGAGCAGGAGUGGGAACUUGGCUGGAUUGAGACUAUUGGAUCAUUUUAGUGUGGCGCAGUUAGCAGUAACCCUUACACAAUCCAUGUUUCUUAUCCUCCAUUCGUUUACCUCCCAGUGGCACUGGAGCCUCUUUCUAAAGGAGCUGCCACAAUCUGCCACACAAGCCUUUCUGACACACCCUUACGUUUAUGCACUGGCACCUUACAUGGUUCUCUCUGAUCAGAGGGAAAACUGAUCGCAUAAAUCCAGAAUUGAUAUUGUGUUAUUCAUGUAAUGUGCACGUGUUCUGAUGAGAAAUGCCUUAAUCUGUUGUAGUGUGGUGUGAUGUGAAGCUUUAUACAUUCUGAUAUUUGCAUGUACAAUCAGAGCAUUAUGCAUCCCUGUAUGCUGAAUGCAUUCCUUAUGUCUCACUUUACCUAAUCACUGGGCUAAUUAAUUGUAUAAUUGCUAUAAGAGCACAAAGCAAUUUGAACAUUUAUGCAUGUUAAUGUGCAUGCUGUUGUUAAUGUGUAGAUUUCCAUACUUGUCCAAAUACAAUGGAUAUUCAUUGAUGAUUCACAUUUCUGGGUAAUGUAUUAUAGUAUUUUACUGUGUUCAUGAUUCAUUUUAUCGAUUGAAAGUAAAGUUUUUUCUGCUUUUCCACUUCU